UCCAGGAGGUCCGUGUUCAGUCAAGUUCAAGCUCUUGUGGUAUUCUGUUUAGUGGAACUGCUUCCUCCUCGGGAAUCUUAAUAGAUCAGUGCAGUCUUCAUUGCAACGUUUUCCUCUCUACAGAGUGAUACAUUUCAGUGACUUUCUUUUACCUAUUUAUGUAAUCGUUCUUCUAUUUCAAUUCCUUUUCACUUUGCUAAUCCAACCGGUUAUUAAUUAUUAAUUUGUAAGAAUUCAGAUUUUCCGAUUGUAUCGUGGUUUCCUAUUAUGAUUCAGAUAUUUUCUAAUGCAAUUCUUGGUGAACGUAACGCAGAGAUUUUCUGAUGAGAUUUAUAGAUAAACUUGGUGCAAUCGGAGGUGUGGACACCGAUGAAUGAUGCCCCGUGUUUGAGACCUAUACCUCGCUUCUUGGCUUUACCGUUAGCCAUCUAGGUUCAUAAUCUUCAUGCUGUGUGCUGGAGGCAGUGAUUCGUAGCAUCUUCGAGGUUUCUUGGAUUCUUUGCGUCAGAAGUAACUGCAAGUUCAAGUGCGCCAUGCUUCCUAUAAGGGACGAGACUGUGAUCGUGAAUCCGAGAAUGGUUUAUCCCUCGUCCACCGUCUGGUUGUUCCUCACCAUCGAAUUCUUCGUUAGCACAUUUCUGUCUGCUUUCCUGACCGCCCUCACUGUCAUCAAGUCUCUGCUGCCGAAACCACCCAGAGAUCUAACUGGAGACGUAGUCUUGAUAGCCGGUGCCUCUUCCUCCCUAGGCGAGUCUCUCACAGAGGAAUUCGUGAAAAGCGGGUGUUCCGUGGUCUGCUUGGACAACGACUGCACAGUACUCGAGGAAACAGCGUCCAGAUUGAGGAAGCAAUAUCCUUCCAUCGAGGAAGUGAAACCAACGCACAGGAAGGACGAUUCCACGCCAUGCUGUUCGGCCAUAUCCGUUCACGAGUGCAACUUGUUAGACAAAAAUGAGAUCAGAAGAGUAGCUCAGAAAGUGAAGGAAGAUAUUGGGAAGAUAGACGUUCUGGUGACGUGUGUUGGCAGUCCGGAUCAGGAUAUCUUUGACACGGCCAGCAGGACCUUGAUGAGUCACUUCUGGACUGUUCUGGCGUUCCUUCCAAUGAUGAUGUACCGAGAACGUGCCCACGUGGUUGGUGUGACUCCAGUCGCAUCGAAUAACGACGCUUUCCAUAGUUCCAGGGUCGCUAUAAUAAGUCUCAUGGAAAAUCUAUGCCAGGAAUUGAGCAACCACAGUAACCAUUUAACAUUCUUGACAUUCUCUCCAACCGCAGAAUGCAGCACAAUGAAAGAGAGUGAAAUACAAGUGGCCAAAAACAUUGUCAGAGCAAUAAAGACUGAUCAAUGUAAUGUGAAUGUCAGCUGGAUAUCUAGAUUACUAUAUCAUAUAAGCUGCGUGAUAUACAACGGAAUAACAUUGCUCACACAAUGGUUUCGUCUUCAAGGAUGCGAUUAUCCCGAGUAAAUAUGCCCUUUAUGAUCAACAAAACCAUUAAAAGAAGAUGCUCCGUGAAUUACUAUACCGAAACUCGAAACGACGUAAAACGACGUCGUUUCCAAAAACCAUUUCAGAAAUCUUCUUAAAAAUCUCGCUUACUCAAUUAAAAGAAA